AUGGCUAACCUUCGCAUUGGCGUCGCCUUUGCUGGGAUGACUCUUGCUGCGCUCGUGUUUCUGCAGUUGAUCGCAGUGUUCAAGCUCGAUGGUCAAUCCGACUCUCCUCUGCCUCAUCUCAGUGCGAACUUCAACCAAUGGAAAAGCAGAGCGACUAAGGCAUCGGCCGAUGACAUCUUUUUGGUCGGAGCGGGUAAAGCAGAUGUCACAGGUCCGGUCGUGGAGCUUUCAUUUGCUGGCUAUGCCACGUUGGACCAAAUAGGCACUGGUGUCAAGCAGAGAUUGAAUUCCCGUACUUUCAUCUUCGCGGAUCCAAACAAGCCUGAUGACGCUUUUGUAUACAUUGUUCUCGAUAUCCUCACGGGUGACACGGCUGUGCGGCAUGGCGUCCUGCAGGGUCUCAAGGCCCUCGGCGGGAAAUAUGCGCGAUAUGGCGAACACAACGUCGCAGUGACUGGAACGCAUUCUCACUCCGGGCCUGGCGCGUGGACGAACUACCUGCUUCCUCAGAUCCCAGCACUGGGCUUUGACAAGCAAAGCUACCAAGCUAUUGUGGAUGGCACCAUCCUCUCAAUCAUCCGCGCCCAUGAGAACCUUGCGCCGGGUCGGCUCUCCUUUGGUUCCAUUGAAUUGCAAGAUACCAAUAUCAACCGCAGUCCCUAUUCUUAUGACCAUAACCCCGAGGAAGAAAAGGCCCGGUAUUCGGCAAAUGUUGACAAGACCCUGUCUCUCGUCCGAUUUGAUCGCCAAUCGGAUAACAAGACUGCCGCAGUCCUCACAUGGUUCCCUGUCCAUGGCACAUCCAUGUACAACAACAAUUCCCUGGUCACUGGCGACAACAAAGGUGUCGCCGCCUACCUCUUCGAGCGUAGCGUCAAGGGCGAUGACAGAUUCACCGACGAUGCUGUCAUUGGUUUCUCCCAGGCAAAUGUUGGCGAUACAACCCCUAACAUCGGGGGUGCUUGGUGUGAAGACGGCUCCGGAGAGAUGUGUCGAUACACAGACAGCACUUGCGGUGGCCGCAACGAGAAAUGUCAUGGUCGGGGUCCCUUCUUCCGCGAGAAGGACAAUGGAGCGAAGAGCUGCUUCGAGAUUGGACGCCGCCAGUAUUCAGCGGCCAAAAAGCUCUACGAAGAGAUGAACACCACCCCUAUCAAGAUCACUGGAGGUGUCAAGUCUUUCCACGUAUACCAAAACAUGGAUGGCUACACGUUCACCUCGCCCUUCAACUCCAGUACACUACAGACUUGCGCUGCGGGUCUGGGGUACAACUUCGCCGCCGGAACCACAGAUGGACCGGGUGCAUUUGACUUCACCCAGAACUCUACAGGUCCAGCUUCCAAAAACCCUCUGUGGAAGAUUGCGAGUGCACUCAUCCACCAUCCCGACCAGGAGCAGCGAGUUUGCCAAGCGCCCAAGAAAGUUCUCUUGGAUAUUGGCCACCUCACUGAGCCGUAUCCCUGGGGCGCCAACAUUGUCGAUAUGCAGGUUCUCCGAGUGGGUCAGCUCUUCAUCAUUAUAUCUCCCAGCGAGGCAACUACGAUGUCUGGGCGACGCUGGAAGGAGGCUAUUGCGAAGGGGGCCAAGGAACACCUUGGUGUUUCCGACCCUCACGUUGUCCUUGGAGCCCCAUCCAACACGUAUGCACACUAUGUGACAACCGAAGAGGAGUACCGCGUUCAGCGCUACGAGGGCGCAUCCACGCUUUACGGGCCGAACACCCUGGCAGCGUACAUCAAUGUGACGCUCAAAUAUCUGCCAUAUUUAGGGAGUGACUCGGAUGUUGCGCAGCUCCCUCCCAUCCCACCGGGCCCCAGCCCACCAAUCAACACCGAUAUCUCAUUGAGCUUCGUCCCCGGAGUUAUAUAUGACGGUGCUCCCUUGGGCAAGCACUUUGGAAUUGUGACCAAAAACCCUGGAAACGGACCCUAUGGCCCUGGCGACAUUGUGAAGACGAGUUUUGUUGGCGCCAAUCCCCGCAACAACCUGCAUCUGGAAUCAACCUAUGCUGCAGUUGAACGGAAAGCGGAUGACGGCACAUGGAAGGUCGUGCGCAAUGACCAUGACUGGAACUUGGUCUUUAGUUGGAAGCGGACAGAUCUCAUCCUAGGAUUCAGUGAGGUGACCAUUGCAUGGGAGAUUGAGGAUGACUACUAUAAUGUCGGAAAUUCCAACCCUGUGCAGGAUGGGACCUACAGGAUGCAUUAUUAUGGAGAAUCAAAGACCGGCCUAGGCCAGUUCAAGUCAUUCGAGGGCAUCGGCGGGACAUUUACAGUCAAGACUUAA